AUGGCUGACACAAACAUUAUUAAACCCUUUCUUUGUGAGGGUAUGGAUAAAGCGUUGGUCAGUGUGGAAUGGGAGGAGUGGCUAAGAUCCUUUAAUCUGUAUCUGACAGUGGCAGGAAUUGAGGAAGCGAAAAAGAAGAGAGACAGAUUGUUGCAUUUUGGUGGUACUCAACUUCAAGAGGUAGCUUAUAGUCUGCCUGAAGCUGUUGUUGAUACUGCACUAGAAGGAGAUGAUGUUUUUAAAAUUCUUGUUCAAAAACUCAGUGAUUAUUUUUCACCUGCAAAAAAUUCAACCUUCGAGCGGCAUGUGUUCAGGAAAAUCAAACCAGAGAGCGAGGAAAAUUUUAACAAAUUUUUGCUUAGGGUAAGACAUGCAGCUAAACGAUGUUCCUUUGGCAAAAAUGAGACUGAGAGCUCCGAAUUAAACAUGAAGCAUUUAAUUAUUGAUAAUUGGGCUUCUCUCGACUUGAAAAAGAAAACUUUGGAAAAAGAACACACACUUGAUCAAGUUAUUGAAUUGUGUCUCAUUCAUGAGCAGAUUACAAAUUGCUUGACUCUACUCGCGGUUGUCUCUGGGGUGAGUUAUGUCAACAAAAUCAACUAUCAAGGUAAUAAGAAAGCCGAAAAUUUUUCACGUUGCGGCAGGAUGACACAUGGAAAUAACCAAGUUUGUCCGGCUAAGGAUGUCAAGUGUCAUACUUGUGGUCUGCAGGGCCAUUAUGCCAGAUGUUGUAAAUCACCUGCACACAAAAGGAAGUCCGUCACCUCAAAUUUUCGAGAUGGCAACAAUAAACGUUUUAAACAUAGGGUUAAUUUUGUUGAAGAUGCAUCUGAAGAUAUUGAAAGUGGUGAAAGUUUUAGUACUGAUCAAGAAAUUGUAAAUAAUAUAAAAAAAGGAAGAGAAGACGAAGAAGAUGAUGAUAGUGGAAGCGAGGAUGAUAUUCAAGAAACUCCAAUAACAAACUUUCAAGUUACUGAAGCUAUUCGUACCAUCAGACAUUUUAUAGAGUGA